UGCGCCAUGUCAGAUUCCAACCAGACCCACUUUUUCAACCCCUCCACCUUCAUCCUGCUGGGCAUCCCAGGCCUGGAGACGGCCCAUGUCUGGAUCUCCAUCCCCUUCUGCAUCAUGUACAUUGUAGUCAUCUUGGGGAACUUCACCAUCCUGUUCAUUGUGAAGAGGGAGCCGAGCCUCCAUGAGCCCAUGUACUAUUUCCUCUGCAUGCUGGCCAUCACCGACCUGGUCCUGUCCACGUCCACCCUGCCCAAAGUGCUGAGCAUCUUCUGGUUCAAUUCCAGGGAAAUCGAUUUCAGUGCCUGCCUCACCCAGAUGUUCUUCAUUCACAGCUUCUCCAUGGUGGAGUCUGGGAUCUUCAUGGCUAUGGCUGUGGAUCGCUACGUGGCCAUCUGCCAUACCCUGAGAUAUUCCACCAUCCUCACGAACCAUGUGGGGGCCAAGAUGGGUGUGGCUUUAGUGCUGCGUGGCUGUGUGCUGGUGCUGCCUAUUCCCUUCCUGGCUCAGCAAUGGCCAUAUUGCAGAACCAACAUUAUCGCCCAUUCGUACUGUGAGCACAUGGCCGUGGUGAAGCUGGCCUGUGCGGACAUCAGCCUCAGUAAUUAUUACAGUCUCUCUGUGGCUCUGCUUGUUGCUGUUCUGGAUUUCAUUUUUAUUGUCAUAUCCUAUAUUCAGAUCCUCAGGACCAUAUUCAGCCUCCCCACAAAGGACGCCCGGCUGAAGACUUUUGGGACCUGCGGCUCCCAUCUCUGUGUCAUUUUGGUCUCUUAUGUCCCAUCUCUCUUCUCCUUCCUCACACACCGGUUUGGCCAGAAUGUGCCCCUGUAUUUCCACAUUCUCAAUGCCAGUGUGUAUCUCCUGGUGCCCCCCAUGCUGAACCCCAUCAUCUAUGGGGUGAGGACCAAGCAGAUCCGGGACAAGCUGCUCAAGCUCUUUACUCAUAAAGGGAAUUAA